UUUGAUCUUCCUGAAGCAACUUUUGUAGACAAAGCUAUACUAUAAAGUAUGGGUAAACGAUAUUGUGAUAGUCCAUCCCGCCUUAAGAAGAAGUUCGAGAAAGGAGCUGUUGAUUGCCGUGCACACAUAGAGGGGGCAGAUUGGGGAUAUUUGUCUAACUUAUGGCAAGAUAAAGACUAUCAGGAAAAAUGUAACAAGUACAAGGAUAGUCGAUCUAAGCCCAUGAAUCACCAUGUUGCUGGAUCAAAGACUUUCUACAAGGUCAAAAAUCAUUUGAAAAAGAAGAACAAUGGCGUGAAUCCUGACCUUCUUGAGACUUGGAAGAAGACUGAUUAUAGCGAAAAGAGAAAAUGUUGGACAGAUGGUUCAGAAACCGUAUAUAAAAAGUUAAAAGAUAUUCAGGAUCAAGCGAUGGCAAAUGGAUCUGUUCUUUUGACAAAUGAGGAGCUCUCAUGUACAGUCUUUGGACCCAAACCAGGAUACAUAUGUGGUUUAGGAUAUGGUCCCAAGCCUAGCUUAACAAAAUCUAGCCAAACUUCUCGGGCACAACUUAUAAGAGAUGCUGAAGAGGCUAGAGAAGAAACUAUAGCAGCGUAGAAGAAGUGUGAGGAGGCUCUAGUUGAAGCAGCACAGGCUCGUAAAAAUACAAAGCAACUAGCAGAAACCAUGGCUAAUAUGCAAUCCCAAUUAAAUUUCUUGUUAUAACAAAAUGGUCGCAACAUGCCUUCCAAAGAUACUAGUGAGUAUCUAUUCCUCGCUUUUUGUAUUUUUACUUUUAUAGACUUGUAGGUGGGCAAAAAAAAUAGUGACAACAUAGUUUUAUUUGCGCUAUAGUUGAACAUCUAAUAACAUCGCAUACCAGACUGAGACUUAGGUUUGUAUCAUAUGGUUUUUGGUUUAGGAGGUUCGAGUAUUACUCAAGGAGUUUCCACAUAGUGAAUGCAAGUCACAAAUUUUGGACAAAUGCUAUAUGGAGAUGUAUGUUU